AUGGCAAUCUUCAAUGAACUUUUAGUGCUACUCAAAUCUUUCUUAAUCAUCACCAUCACCAUUAAUAAUCUGUUGUUUCCUCGUCCCUAUACCGCAGCAAUUCUACACAAUUCUUCAAAUGGUACAUCUGAAGAAGCCGAAGCACUUCUCAAAUGGAAGGACAGCCUUGACAAUCCAACUCAAUCUCUUAUCUCCUCGUGGAAGCUGCAUGGUCCUAACAAUGGAAGCCCUUGUGAAUGGGUUGGAAUCAACUGUGAUCAUGAGUUGGGAAGCGUCCUUGGUAUAAACCUUACAAGAUGUAAUCUCAAAGCUACGCUCCAACACUUGAGCUUCUCAUCCUUUCCCAACUUACUCACCUUUGUGCUGUCCGAUAACUUGCUUUAUGGAAGCAUACCUUCCAGCAUCAGUAACCUCACCAAGCUCAACCACCUUGACUUGAGUGGCAAUCAUCUCUCUGGAAAUUUUCCAUCCGAGAUAGGUCUUUUGAAGAGUCUAAAUUUCCUUCAUGUAGAUGUAAACAAUCUAAGUGGCUCUCUACCACAUGAAAUAGGCAUGUUGGGGUCUCUUAAGGUAUUUGUUGGAGAUGCAAGUGGCCUUUCAGGUUCAAUUCCUACAUCGAUUGGAAACCUGAGCAGCUUAACCACUCUGCUCCUUCAAAAUGGCAAAUUCUCUGGUUCCAUCCCUUUUGAAAUUGGACAGCUUAAAUCUCUCACCAAACUUUCCUUUUUUAACAACAGUCUUACUGGCUCAAUCCCUGCAUCCAUUGGAAACUUGAGCAGUUUAACCAUUAUAAAUUUUUUUGAAAAUCAACUUAGCGGACCCAUCCCUCAUGAAAUUGGACAGCUUAAAUCUCUUGCUGAGCUUAACUUAGGUAUCAACCAUCUCAGUGGCACAAUUCCUGCGUCCAUUGGAUUGCUGAGCAAGUUAACCUAUUUGACCCUUGGAGAAAACAAUAUUGUUGGAUCGAUUCCUGGAGAAAUUGGACGAUUGAAAGCUCUUACAGUGCUUAACUUGUAUGGCAAUCAACUCACAGGCACAAUUCCAAAGUCCAUUGGAAACAUGAGCAGUUUAACCGUCUUAAGCCUUGCUUUUAACAAAAUAAGAGGAUCCAUCCCUCGAGAAUUGGAACAGCUUAAAUCUCUUACCAAUCUUUACUUGCAGCACACCCAUUUAACUGGCUUAUUCCCUGCAUUCAUUGCAAACCUGAGCAAGCUAACCGAAUUUGGCCUUAACAAAAACGAAAUUUCUGGAACCAUCCCUCAUGAACUAGGACAACUUAUAUCACUUGAGCAUCUUGCCUUGGCCGAAAAUCAUCUCUCUGGCUCAAUCCCUGCUUCCAUUGGAAACCUCACAUCUGUUACCUAUUUUAGCGUGUUUACUAACAACCUUGUAGGUUCCAUUCCUCCGGAAAUGAAUAACCUUACACACAUGAAAAAUUUCUCCGUCGGUGGCAACAUCUUGUCUGGUUACUUCCCGGAAAAUAUUUGUAUUGGUGGUCAGCUAAUGUGGUUUGAAGCAUCUGAUAGCUACUUCAAAGGUUCCAUUCCAAAAAGCAUGAAAAACUGCAGCACCUUGAUUGCAGUUUCUCUUGAUGGUAAUCAACUAACAGGAGACAUAUCGAAAGAUUUUGGAAUAUAUCCCAACUUGGAGAUGAUGGUGUUGAGCAACAACAUGUUUGUUGGUGAACUUACUGGAAAUUGGGGACAAUGUCCUAAACUUAGUAUGUUGAUCAUCUCCAACAAUAAAAUUUCUGGUCCAAUACCUCCUGAACUAGGGAAAGCUUCCCAAUUGCAUUGGCUUGACCUGUCUUCGAAUCGUCUGGAAGGGAAAAUUCCAAUGGAAUUAGGACAACUGAAGUUGUUAUUCAGGCUCCAACUCCAUAAUAAUACACUUACCGACAACAUUCCUGAAGAAAUUGGAAUGUUGUCUGACCUUCAAGAGCUUAACCUUGCAACAAACAAACUAGGUGGACCAAUUCCCAUACAUUUGGAGCAGUGUUUUAAACUACUGCACUUGAACUUGCAAAACAACAGACUCAGUGGAACCGUUCCCUUUCAGAUUGGAAAACUGUGCUCUCUUGAAGAUCUCGAUUUAAGCCAGAAUUCGCUUGUUGGAGAGUUGCCUUUAGAACUUAAAAAUUUGCAAGUGUUGGAAACACUCAACAUUUCCCAUAACAAGCUCUCUGGCUCAAUACCAUGGUCAUUCUCCAAGAUGAGAAGCUUGAUUUCGGUUGAUGUAUCUUACAAUGAGUUAGAAGGUCCUCUCCCAAACAUCAACGCGUUCAUCAAUGCUCCAGCAACAUCAUUGCAGAAAAAUAAAGGGUUGUGCGGUGGGAAAAACUCUAGCUUGUUGAAGCCUUGUUCCACGCCUAAGAGAGAAAACAACAAAGAAACAAGAGAACCGGAAAUUGAACCUUUGUUUGCAGCAUGGGGACAUGAUGGGAAAAAGGUUCAUGAUGACAUAGUUGAAGCUACAGAAAACUUUGAUUCCAAAUAUUGCAUUGGAGUUGGAGGAUAUGGAAGUGUUUACAAAGCACUGCUAUCAACUGGUCAAGUUGUCGCUGUGAAAAAAUUCCAUGAGAGUGGUGGAGUGGCCAGUCACAAAGCUUUCGAAUACGAAGCCAAUGUGUUGACAAAAGUGCGCCAUCGGAACAUCAUUAAGCUUUAUGGAUUCUGUUCGCAUACAAGACACUCAUUUUUGGUGUAUGAAUUCAUGGAAUGA